UUUGUGUGUUGCCGCGGUGCAUGUUUUUGCACGCGUGUGGUGAAUUGGAUCGUUUGUCUGAGGUGUAAAUCAUGACAAUCAUGAAAAGGGAACAGGGACGUGUACUGCUCAGAGUGAGACCUCUUCCGCCGGUGCUCAUCUCUGCGGCACGUCACGGGGAAUUUCCCGAAGGGGGGCAAAUCAACGUUUGGUGCUGGGAAUUCUUGUUUGGAUUUGACUUUUCAACGAAGAACCAGUAAAGCCUGUAACUGUGUGACGGCUGCCUGCUCCUCAUUCCGAGAACUAUCUGAGAUUCGUGUUGAGGAUGACGACGACGACGCCGACGACGCCGCCGCCGCUGCUGCUUGUGCCCACCAAGUCGCAUCAACUGGCGAAUUGCAACAAAUGAAUCAAGUGAGGCAGCGGCGCCGAAUGUAAAAGCUUUUCAGGCAGCAUGGCGGGAGACGAGCACUUCCUUCCUGUCAGCAGUCAGAUCCUGGACACGCUGAUCAUGGACCCCUCGUGGGACUUUGCGCGAUUCCCCGCGCCCCCGAGGACGGGCGAUGACGUCGCUUCCUCCCGCACGGGAAGUUGUGUACAGUCGAGCCCCGUUUAUUGCAGGGCGACGGGGGAUGGCCCCUUCCUGCAAAUCCUGGAGCAGCCCAAACAGCGAGGCUUCCGGUUCCGUUACGGCUGCGAGGGUCCGUCCCACGGCGGCCUGCCGGGAGCGUCCAGCGAGAAGAACAAGAAGACGUAUCCUGCCGUCAGGAUCUGCAACUACCAGGGUCCGGCCCGCGUGGUGGUCCAGCUGGUGACUGCGCUGACGCCCGUGCCCCAGCUGCACGCCCACAGUCUGGUGGGCAAGCAGUGCGACAAGGGCGUCUGCAUCGUCGACGUGCCCCCGAAAGACGCCGACGUCGCCUUCCCCAACUUGGGCAUCCAGCACGUGACCAAGAAGAACGUGGCCAAGACGUUGGAGGAGCGCAUGGGCGAGGCCGUCCGGAUGGGCUACAACUUCGGGGCGGCCGUCCACCCGGACCUGGACCGCCCGCGGGGCGAGACCCGCGCGCCCCGGCAACUCACCGAGCACCAGCGGGGCGUGAUCAGCAGCGCGGCGUGUGCGCAGGCCAAGGAGAUGGACCUGAGCGUGGUGCGCCUCAUGUUCACCGCCUUCCUCCCCGACAGCGACGGCGGCUUCAGCAGGCGACUCCAGCCCGUCGUGUCGCAGCCCAUCUACGACAGCAAGGCCCCAAACGCGUCCAACCUGAAGAUCGUCAGGAUGGAUCGGACGGCCGGCUGCGUGAGCGGCGGAGAGGAAGUCUACCUCCUGUGUGACAAAGUCCAGAAAGACGACAUUCAGGUGCGCUUCUUCGAGGAAGACGACUCCGGCCCGACCUGGGAAGCCCUGGGGGAUUUCUCGCCCACGGACGUGCACAGACAAUUCGCCAUCGUGUUCAAGACGCCCAAGUAUCGAGACCAGAACCUGCAGAAGCCCACGUCGGUGUUCGUGCAGCUCAAGAGGAAGUCGGACAACGAGACCAGCGAGCCCAAACCCUUCACGUACCACCCGCAGAUCAUCGACAAAGAGGAAGUGCAGAGGAAGCGUCAGAAGACGUUGCCCAACUUCCAGGACUUCAGCGGCCACGGAGGAGGAGGAGGAGGAGGAAGUCUGUACCGAGGGGGCCCCCCAGCACCCCCGGGAGCAGGAGGAGGACCGGGCUCAGCUGGAGGAGGCUACUUCCAGGGUUUCUCCACCUUCAACUACGGGAGAGGAAUGGGAGACGGCCCUUGUCCCAGCGGCUACUCGACAGGUUACGGAGAAGGCGGAGUCAAACACGGUUCUCCCGGCGACUCCGCGGACGACGACCCCGAUGACGACACCGCGGCCUGCGCUGCGCCGCGGCCACCCCGCCGACGGGAAGCGUGCGAAGACGACGACGCGUCGGCCGUCUUGCUGUACGCCGCCACGGGCGACGCCGCGUACCUGCUAGCCCUCCGGCGCCCCCUGAUGGCGUCACAGGACGAGGACGGAGACACUGGACUCCACCUGGCCGUCCUCCACAGACAGCAGGGGGCGCUGGCCAGUCUGACGCGGGUGCUCGCUGCUCUGCCGGGAGACGGACUUGCGGACGCGAGGAACCAUCUCUACCAGACUCCUUUGCACCUGGCGGUGAUCACGUGGCAGACGGCGGCCGCGUCGGCGCUGCUGGCCGCCGGGGCGGACCCGACGUUGACCGAUCGCCACGGCAACACGCCGCUGCACCUGGCGGCGCAGCAGGGAGGGGCCAUGGUGCGCUUGUUGCUACAUCACCGUGAGGUCAGAGGAAGCGUGGACGCCUGCAACACUGCAGGUAUGUGCGCCAUCCACCUAUCGGUGGUGGCCAAGCAGCUGCCGUCUCUGCGAGAGCUUCUGGAGGGCGGGGCUGACGUAGAGGCUCAGGAGCGGGGGGGCGGGAGGACCGCCCUGCACCUCGCCACCGAGGCCGACGACGUGUCGCUCGCCGGCUGCUUGCUGCUCGAGGGCAACGCCAAGGUGGACUGCUGCACCUUUAAUGGCUCCACCCCCCUGCACAUUGCCGCCGGGCGGGGCUCCGUCAAGCUCACGGCGCUACUCAUGGCUGCAGGUGCAGACCCUCACAAGGAGAACCUGGAGCCUCUAUUCUUCAAGGAAGAGGAUGAAGAGGAAGACGAGGGCUACGUUCCCGGGACCAGCCCCAUCAACAUGGCCGCCUCUGAGCAGGUGUUGGAGCUUCUAAGCGGUAAGGAGUACCGUCCCAAAUGUGUCAGCGUGGCUCUUUCGCCUCAGGGCGACCUGUCGAGCCUCGGCGCCCAAGUGAAGACGGCGCUGUGCGGCGCUCUGGCGAGUGAAGCGUGCUGGGAGAAGCUGGCUCACGCUUUGGGUCUGGGAAUCCUCAACGCUACCUUCAGGCUCAGCCCGGACCCCGUCAAGACCCUCGUGGAGAGCUAUGAGGUGUCCGGCGGUACGGGACGAAACCUCUUGGCUGCUCUGAGAUCAGUCGGGUCGUGCAGGGCGCUGAGCGUCCUGGAGGAGGCGCUGCGUGGCCACGACGACAAGCACAACCGGACCAUGACGGGUGGCGACGGCGCGGUUCGCCCUCAGAUGGCCGACCUCGAGGCGGAUGCAUGUUUGGACAGCGGGGUGGAGUUUUCCGCCACAUGAUUGUGCCGUUCCUCGUCGCGAACCUCCCCGCCUCCCCGACCGCCUCCACCGCAAGACCAAUUUCAGGGCCGGGACGUGUUAGUCCCGCCCGGGCAGGAAUUGCAACUUGAAAUACAGACAAAGAAGUAAGCGCGUGCAAAUGCAGAAAUCUGGAAGCUGUCGACACGCUCCAGCUGCUCCACCACUUUGGACCGGACGGCUGCACAUGCGUACGUGUCGGCGUUCGUACGCGCUCACCUUGCUGCCUAUACGGGAAGUAAACCAAACAGAACCUCCUUCAAAUACCAAAUACAGGAGCUCCGAAGAUAUGGACUCCCAACUGCUUGACAGCCGCACUCCCGUUCCCGCGUCGGCACCCUUGACUUCCAAACAGGAAGUCGCCUGACAGACACUCCUUGACACACAAACAACUUCUGGACUUCAUCAAGUGCUCGACUACUUUGGACUUGAUCAGAAAUCUUGCAAGAAAAAGCAUGUCGACCCUUUGGUAUGAUGUGGAUUUGGGCACAAUUGGGUCAUAAAACGUGAUCCGAGCUUGACCUAAGUCGCAACAUUCAACGUGUCCGUAUAUGACUUGAGGUGGUUAGGUUAGGCGAGGUAACCCCUAACCUAAGAAGAAUCUUGUAGGAUCAUCUCCUAAAACGUGCUAUUGUCUGGCGUUUGCCAUCCUCGGUCGGGAAGGAGCGAAAUCUGGCCGGUUGCCCUCGUGUGCCUCGGAUGACGAUCACGUGACAUUUUCAGACCGACGGCCGGCCAAGUGCGGCUCCCGCCGAAGGGUCGACACGCUUUUUCUUGCACCGGGUGAUUGGCCGACUGCUGUCGUCGUCGAAUUUGCUCCGCGUGGCCCCUUGAAGCCGAAACAGGAAGUGCGCUUCACAACAGGACGUGUGCGGUUUGACUUUGAAGACUUCCUUUUCGCUCUUCUGUCCUCGACUGGAGCUUCAGCGUCAACUCGUGUGACCUUGUGCAAAGGAUGCUUGAUUCUAUUGAUUUUAUUUAUCUGGACAUUUGAGGAAUAAAGUUUUUUUUUUUUAUAUACUUUGGUGACAAGCAUCACAUCUGUGUAAUGUCACCACUUCCGGCCGGUUUGUCAUUAGCGGAAUGUUGUUUAUUUGAUUGUAAUUUUUUAUUAGAAAAGACAUGUACACAUUUAUUUUGGAAAACUUUGCCGCUUCACAACAUGUAAAUAGUCUCAGUACUGUAUUCCUAUUAGCAAUUUAAUGAAAUUGACGUUGCGAGGUUGAGAAUUGCCUCUCGAUUGAUGCCACAAGAUGGUGGCAAAGCACCACUUUUGUCUUAAUAAAGCUCAACUCACUUCGA